CUUAUUUUGCUUUUUGUCGCCUCUUUUGCAAUGGCCCAUACAAUUAUCGUAUCAUCCGUGACUAUCCUGCUGCUCAGCAUUGUACGAGCAAUAUGGAAUGCUCUGACAGGACAACUCAGCUCGCUUCCCGGGCCCUUCAGUUCUAAAUUUACAACUCUGAUCUUAAAGUACUAUACUCUUACUGGACAGAGAAUGCAAUAUCUCGACUCACUGAAUAAGAAAUAUGGCCCUCUUGUCCGUGUCAGUCCCAAUGAGGUUGUCCUUUCCGACUUGCAAACCACCAAAGAAAUCCAUCGCAUCGGCAAUAGCUUCCGGAAGUCUGACUGGUACAGUAAACUUACCACAACCCGUGAGCACAACAUCUUCUCUCUGGUUGAUCCUAAGGCGCAUCAAGAGCGGCGUCGACUACUCUCUCACCCUCUGUCAGAGGGUUCACUGCGGGGGCUAGAGCCGGUUGUCUUGGAAAAUGUUGAGCUGGCUAUCCACAAGAUCCAAGACCGUAUGGAUACGGACGGCAGCGCUGAUUUGCUGAAAUGGUUUUUCUUUAUGGCCACUGAUAUCAUUGGUCAACUGAGCUUUGGCGAGUCUUUUCGCAUGCUGGAAUAUGGUAAAGAAACCCAGUAUUCUAUUGAUCUCAAAAACGUCACAUUUUACAACGCGCUACUCGUCGAGAUUCCCUUAAUCAUGAAAGUCGUUUCCGCUAUUCCUUCCAGUUUCAUCAAAGACAUCACGUCUGCUGCAGCCCGGCGCACUGUAUACGCCGAGAAUCUCCUGAACCGCUACAGGCAAUAUCUAAAAUCCAACCCCGACUGCAAUAAGCCAAUGUUGCUCUCGCGAGAGCUGAAAGCACAUGACGCCGGCCAAAUCUCACACGAUGUAAUUGAGUCUGACGCGGAAGCCUACAUUCUUGGCGGCAGCGACACGACGGCCAUCACGCUCACAUAUCUCGUCUGGGUGGUAUCACAGCACCCCGCCGUGCAGCAGCGGUUGAUCAGGGAAGUGAGAGGCCUGCCUGAUGGAUUCAAGGCAGACGAUCUUAAGAAGCUGUCUUAUAUGGGCCAGGUUAUUGAGGAAUCACUGCGUCUUUACGGCGCUGCCCCUGGUGAUUUACCUCGUGCUGUACCUGCGGGUGGCAAAAGACUAUGUGGACAUUACAUUCCCGGUGGGCUUACGGUCACAACGCAGGCAUAUACGAUGCAUCGUGAUCCACAGAUCUUUCCGGAGCCAGAAAAGUUUGACCCUUCCCGAUGGGAGAACCCGACUCAAGAAAUGAAAGAUGCAUUUAUGCCGUUCGGUGCCGGUGGCCGAAUCUGUCUCGGUCUUCAUCUGGCCCGCUUAGAGCUCCGCAUGACCAUUGCACACUUUUACCGCGCCUUUCCCAAAGGUGUCAGAUUAGCAAAUGGCAUGACAGAUGGUGACAUGGAGAUGGAAAACUAUUUCUUGAUUCAGCCAAAGGCAAGGCGCUGUAUAGUGGCUCGUGCGUAGUGAAGGGCGAAGGGGACAGAUCCGUGCUUAACACGGAUCCACGGAAUCUAGCUCUAACUAGUUCUAAUUAAUCGGCUGUCUGGAUAGUAGCCACCCGUAUGUAUCCAUAUACUAUAUCUAUCUACAAAAUGGUCUAGAUGAGGGAUAAUUACCUCUGUGGAUAAAUUGACUCGUUUGUGAUUUGGAAUGGUGGCCAAUGGUUGAUGCAUGGUGGAAAGAAUGGGCCUUUAGCUUAUCGCCAAAAGAAGAAACAAAAAAUAAAAAUAAAAAUAAAAAUAAUAAAUAAUAAAUAAAUAAAAAAUAACCCUUAUACGGA